GUAGCACCUGGGUGCACUCCUGGCAGCUGUUGGGACUUUGUGGAGACCAAGAGCUGCACGCUUGAAACUGCAGUUUCAACAGAAGAACCCUGUCUCGCUGAAGCAGAGGGUAGAAAGAGCGACUGGUAGACCUGAGAGAACACUACCUCUCCGGUAAAGGGCUCCAGACAAGGAUUCUAAAUUCAGCUUCCCAGAGGUGACAAUCGAUCGCUGGGAGCAAAGUUUGGAUUCAAGCGCUCUGGAAGAUACUUAAGUACCCAAAUAUUCCUAGUCCAGUCUUCGCUCUGGGAGAAGGGCAUUCAAGACGCCCUCUCAAAGAGGCUUCACCUCCAACCCAUGGCGCUGACCAGCUCCUCACAAGCAGAGACUUGGAGCCUGCAUCCUCGGGCUUCCACGGCCUCUUUGCCUUUAGGACCCCAGGAGCAGGAGGCCGGCGGGAGCCCUGGAGCGUCUGGGGGACUUCCGCUGGAGAAGGUGAAGCGGCCCAUGAACGCCUUCAUGGUGUGGAGCUCUGUUCAGCGCCGCCAGAUGGCGCAGCAGAACCCCAAGAUGCACAACUCUGAGAUCUCCAAGCGCUUGGGCGCUCAGUGGAAGCUGCUGGGCGAUGAAGAGAAGCGACCCUUCGUGGAGGAGGCUAAGCGUCUUCGUGCCCGCCACCUCCGCGACUAUCCCGACUACAAGUACCGACCCCGGCGUAAGAGCAAAAACUCGAGCACCGGGUCUGUCCCCUUUAGCCAAGAAGGAGGUGGCCUGGCAUGUGGUGGCUCACACUGGGGGCCAGGGUACACAACUACCCAAGGGAGCAGAGGCUUUGGGUACCAGCCCCCCAACUAUUCGACAGCCUACCUGCCUGGCAGUUACACCUCUUCCCACUGCAGACCGGAGGCCCCCUUACCAUGCACCUUCCCUCAGAGUGAUCCCAGGCUCCAGGGGGAGCUAAGACCCUCUUUCUCCCCUUACCUAUCCCCAGACUCUUCCACUCCAUAUAAUACUUCCCUUGCUGGAGCCCCCAUGCCAGUAACCCACCUUUAACUGGCAGGGACGCCCAGGGCCAACCCCACAGACCCCUACAGAUCUCCAAGGAACCAGAAUGCACACUAAACACAAUUUUGUACAAUUAAAACCAUGUUUCGGAGUC